GCGUUGUUCAACGUUUACAAUUGCUGUGCGUGCUUCUUUGAUGCAUUGCACCCACUCGGUGUAUACAUAUGGCGCUAAUUUUUGUGUAGUUUCGUUGAGGAAGAUCUUUCAUCAGGACUCCCUUUGAGAUCUAAGCACCCGCAUCUGCGGGCGUUGGUGUCGUUCUCAGAUUACGAGUUGUCUAGCAGGCUAGCUUAGGAUGGUGUCUAUUGCGCGAUUGAAAGAGGCAUGUUCGCAUUGCCUACCGCCCACCGUAGCGCCCUACCAUGCUGUAUGUACUCCGCCAGCAUUAGUUACAAGAGUUUUUGAGCAGGCGACGAUAGGAAGGGAUGUACGGGUAAUUGGUCCCGCCGAUUUGGCAAAAUUUAUGACAGAUUGGCAGGGCGACAGAAAUGCGACCGAAGAGCGCGCGACAUCCUUGAUGGCUGAUUUUAAUUUCUUGAAGUCGACUGCCUCUCGCGCCUUGAGGAUUCCUGGGUUAAGUCACAGCUCGAAAUAUUCCCUUAGCUCCAGGCACAGUGGCUCCAAACACGGUCAAUCGGCGCCAGAGACUCCUACUUUUGACAUUGCUACCUUUCUAAAGUUUCUCCUGCAUCCUGAAUUUAACGGUCACCGAGUACCUGUUUCGAAAACGCCGACAGACGACAUGAAUGCGCCACUAUCAGAUUACUAUAUCUUUUCGAGUCACAAUACCUACUUGAUGGGAAACCAGUUGUGUAGUCCAUCCAGCACUGCCCCCAUUGUGAAAGCACUGCUGGAUGGAUGUCGUGUAAUCGAGCUGGAUUGUUGGAAUGGCUCUAACAAAAGAAUUGAUGUCCUUCAUGGCGGGACCUUGACGAAGGCAGUUCCAUUUGAGGACUGCGUUAAGGCAAUAAAAGACAAUGCCUUCACGACUUCGGCUUAUCCUGUCGUUGUUACCAUUGAAAGUCACUUGGAUCUAGAGCACCAGAAGGAAGCCGCCAGGGUGUUAAACAAGAUACUCGGUAAUAUCAUGUUUGUCCCCCCUCCCAAUGAACUUCCACCCCAAUCUUUUCGAUCACCUGAGCAGUUGAAGCAUCGCAUUAUCAUUUCUGAUAAACCUCCGGGUGACGCACUUUUAAGUCAGGCUGCAAAUGAGCCUGAAUUUGCACAGCAGACGCUAUUGCAUGAAGUGGUGAGAGACCCCAGCCCAGACAACAGACAUGAACACAGACAUGGACGGAGGGGGAAGAAGAAGAAGCUACGCAGACGUCAAAGCCAAAUCGCUGAAAGCAGGAUACAGAAACUGCCCUCAGGAAAACUUGGUGACUCUGGCAGGCCAGCCAUAGCCAAUGAUCCUGCGUUUGAUGAAUUAUUAUACAUUCAUUGUCAAAAACCCACAGAAAUGGCUACCGAGCAAAAGAAAGGUGGCCCAUUGAUUAAAGGACAACAUGCAAUAAUGGCUAAUCUAAGCGAAUCACAACUCGAUGACCUUAUUGAGGAUCACACCGAUUCUCUGAUAGAGUUCUCGAAGACCAAUUUGACUAGAGUGUACCCAUUUGGACUUCGGGUUACUUCAUCAAAUGCAGACCCUAUGGACGCUUGGGAGCAUGGAGUUCAAGUUGCAGCUAUAAAUAUGCAAGGACGAGAUCGACCUGUAUGGAUAUCCAAAGCAAUAUUUAGUAGGAACGGUGGUUGCGGCUACGUCAAGAAGCCCGAUAUUCUUCUACCUGAAUCUAAUAUGGACCAUAAAAGCCUAAUGAAUUUGCAACCAAAGCUUGAGCUGAAGGUGACGGUUCUAUUGGGGACCGACUGGCACAAAAACUAUGACGUCUUCAAGAAACCAGACUAUUUUGUGAAGGUUGCCAUACAUGGCAUGCAUGACGAUGAGCAGAAGUUCAAAACACAUGUGUGCAAACGGUCUCGGGAACCUCACUGGGAGGAUGAAGAAUUUGUAUUUCAAAUUCGAGUGCCGGAGCUAGCAAUACUCAGGUUGGAGGUGAGGGAGUAUGACAGAAUCGUCCGAGAUGAUAUGGUUGGCCAAUCUUGCGUACCCGUCACUGAGCUCCGGCAGGGAAUUCGUGCUGUGCAACUGGCAUCUAAAAAGGGAGAGCCUCGGAGCUCGAAGCUCUUGUGCCACUUCAUCACACGUACAUUAUGAGUUCGCACCAAGUAAUUUACUGAUUUGGUAGCUGAUUUGAUAGCUGAUUUCUUAUAAUUCAAGUUUCCAUUGUUUUGAGUGUUUAUUUCAUGAAUAUUCAGAAGGAGCUCCUCCAUGGUUGCAUUAUUCUUCUUUUGAAGCAAUCCUUGACCAUGGCCGCAAUAUUGUAAAUAAAUUCUUUCUCCUAAUCAACGAAUUCCAGUAGUGACGUAGGUAGCAGGAUAUUGUUCCUUACGUAUCCAAUUUAUAAAUCAAAUCUCAUCUGUUGAGUAAAUUAAUUAGACUUUCGGCACUCACCGUCAUGUCAUUCAGUUCUACAUCCAAUUCCAUUUGUAAUUUGGAAUCAA